ACAUGUGUUACAGACGGCUCACAGGCUGAAGUGAAGAACAAAGGGAGAAAGCUGAGGGCGGCCGGGGGUGGAUUAAACCGCCAUAAUACAUGAAAUAAAUAUUAGAUCUACAUCAUAUCCUACUGGCCGGGCAGAGACAACUUUCUUGGAACACGGCAGGGAUAAAAGAUCUCACAACUUGGGAGAGUAAGUCAACCUUUAUUAAGAUGAUUGUUGCAGUUUACAGACUUCCUUUCUCAAGACAGAUACACGAGAGACGCAGACGUCUAUAAAAUAAAGGUUGGUCAAGAAAUGCGUUUUGGGAAGCUGCAAGUGUAACUGAAAAAAAAAAAAGAAUCUAAAUUAAUUUCUGCGCAAAUGGUUUCAGGGAUGCAAGUUUUGUUGGUGCUCGUGGUCUUAGUGACUCUUGGAAAAAACGGGUUGCUCGGUGACCAAGGCAUGGGAGUUCCUCACACUGAACACAAGGAAACAGACCUUGCUGCCCAGAAUUACUCCACAACUUCCGAGUUGGAGAACGGCACAAUGCCUUCGACAGAACACUCAGAGCUUUCUACAAAGUCUCCAGACGUCAAGUUUUCCAAUACCUGUCGCAAUUGGUGUGGUCGGGAACGAGAGCUUCAGCUCAAACAAAACCUGUGUAGCUGUGACACACUGUGUAGGUUGUACAACUCGUGCUGUUGGGACUUUGAGACCACUUGCCCAACGAUCGACAAGACAGGACGGGCGCUUGUGAGCGAGGAUCUGCUGGCUGCGACAAUCGUCUGUGAUGAAAAGUCUGGCGUCUAUGUAGUGAGCGAGUGUCCACCUGGAAGAGAGAUAAUUGAGCCGACGGAGCGAGGUUCUGCGUACGAUCUUCAAACUGUCGUUCCACCGCCGGCCUCCUAUAAGGGCAGAAAGUGCGACUUAUUGCUGUCUUCUGUGUUUCCCUUCUCCGUCACGAUGAGAAUGACAGAAAGCGGACAAAUGCAGUUCUCGAGGGUCAGGGAGGGGAAGGUGGGAUGGAGUGUCCUGCAAUGUAUAGGUAAUGCAUGCGCUCAAGAACAGUGCCUACAGCCUAAUGCGGCUCUAAUUUUCGGCGGCAGAUGUACGUAUACAUUUUUGGUUACUGUCAGUUUCACUUUGAGGAGCGCACUUGAUUGUGAGGAAAAUUCCGGGGAAGGUUGCAUGCCUCUAAACUCGGAGAAAAUCGCGACAAAGGUGCCACUUUUCGCUUCAGCGAUUCAGUGUGAGAUUCUACAGCGUGCAGUCGGGGUGCAGAAGGUGACUAUCCAGAAAAUCGAUCAAGAAAUUGCUGACGAUAUAUCGGAACCUGAGUUUAUUGGGGUCAACAAAAUCAGCGCGGGUCAUCUUGCAAUUUACACAUUCAGUUGGUCAGUCGUGGGCUCAGACACGAUUCUGAACGAACUCACGAAGGAAAUGGUUUUGGAAAUGGUUUCAGAGCACUUGCAUGGGCUUGGCCUACUUCCACAGAAAUCUGUGGCCCAAUCAAAACGUGUUGGUGAGCCGAGGCUUGACAAUGCAUCGCUGCCCUGGGGCCAGCAAGAGAUGAAAUGUGAUUUGGGUUAUGCGUGUGUGAGUAUUGCUACAGGAGAAGAGAGUAAACUCCCUUGCUCAGCGCUCUCUCAUUGUCUCUACAAACCCAAAUUUAACGUUAACAGCUUUGCCGAGUGUCGAAGCAAACUUUGGAGAAACUCAGCAACUGUUCUUGACAUUAGAACAUUUCUAAAUAAUGUUUUGUCUUUGAUGGCGAUAUUCUCUGGCCACUCUCUCUUCACCUACAUAUAGACAAGACAUCCAUUUUUAGACGUGUUAUUUUUGUGUGUGUUUUAGUAAGAGUUUUACAGUACUGGCAACACAAUAAGGUCAUAUUAUAAGUGCCG